AUGCACUACAACACGUGGGUCACAUCGAACAAAAGGAACCCGAAUGUGCUUGACUGGUUGGUGCUUUGCGGUACCAAUGGCGCUACACGUGCCUUCGAUGGCAUGUCUUCGGGCACUCCGACCAACAUUGCGACCAAAGCCCCAAAAAAGUUCACCGACACAAUACCUCUGUACGUCAACCACGGCUACGACGAAAAGUCACAGUUUGGAGUCAUGGAGGUGAUUACUUGGGACAGGGUUUUGUCGGAGGAGGAGAUGCUGGCCACCGUAGAUUAUUUGAAGUGGAAGUUGAGGGCAGGAGCCGUGCUUGAGGCGUCGGAACACCUUGCCACAGAAUCCCAGCACAACUUGGAUGCUUGGGGCGUGCAAGACUUGGACAACAUUCAGUCCAAGACGACCGAGGUCACUUUUGCCAACGGCUACAAAGCAGACCUGGCAGGCUGGACACACACUCGUUACUAUGCACGGGGCUUUAUCUCGAACAGAAACGAGGUAUCCACGGCCGUCGUGAAAGGCCUGACACCCGCAGCACAGUACCUGUACCAGAUCUACAUGGUCCAUGAGCUUUCCAACUGGCAGGGUGAAGCCAAGGUAUCCGUGAACCACGGAGUGCAGGCACGAGCCCAGCAGAAUGGCUUCAACGAGGCCAAGUUUGCCGGGGUGGCAGUGGCUUCGCCCAGAGGCGAGAUCAAUUUCGAGUUCCAACGCAUCUCCCCCCAUUGCCAGCUCAGCAGCAUCGCCAUCGCAAAAGCAGGACCAAGCACUGUUGCCAAGCCUGCAGACCCGCCGUCGCAGGGCAUGUAUGCCUGGUUCAAGAGCGAGAACGCGGGAUCCGUUUGGCGCAGCUCCGUGGGAGAUUUUGAAGGCUACUGCAGCAGGAACAGCGUGUUCCGGAGAGUGGAAGCAGGCUAUGGCGCCGACCGGCCCGUGACCUACAUCGAGGGCACCACAUCGUCCGGCUUUACCUUCGGCGACGUGCUUCCUCCGACCCACAGCAUUUGCUCUAUCUCUCGUUACAGCAGAGGUCGAGAUGGAGGUUCUUCCAGAGGUCGCAUCUUGCAGUCCAAGGUUAACAGGAAUUGGUUACAUGGCCACUGGGCAAACACC